ACUUCUUCACUGUUAUCUUCAGAUUAGGUUAGAUCGUAUUAAGUCAACACCGAUAAGGUGAAUCAAUAUUUUUUGGCAAACAAAUCUAUAGUCAGUCCUGCGCAGCCAUCCUCACUGAGAUUCCCAGCUGGCCGUGGCGAAGGAGAGCGCUCUCAACUCAAUACUCAACGUGGACCCUUCCUCAAUCGAUCUGUCGAACAAGACCAUUAUGGAACUGGUCACAGCGGUGAUUGUUACACACAAUGUUCCUGAACUCACCAGGAAGAAUGGCAAAGGUUCUAAAAGGAGGGAUCGUCAUCCGACGCCCAACGUCCACCCAUCCAAACUAAAACUAAACAAUGGCAUGAUGACAAGCUUUGGUCUCAAUUUCGGCGGAACGAAUCAUUCCAAAGAAGAACAAGAAGAACCAAGGAGGAAAUGCUUAUGCAAAGAUACAUCACUGGAACAAAACUAUGUCGGCGAUGAGGGCAACGUCAAUUACGGCCCAGGUGGUACAGGUGCCAUACCCGACGGCUUCUGGUCUUACCGUCCAACGACGAGAAGCUGCAGCCAGAGGGCGCAUAAUGUAGCCCCCUUGCCGCCUAAAAGAUUUCUAUUCUUGAAAAAUAAAUUACCUUACACGAUGGCCGACUCUUAUUGUGAUUCUUUGGGCUUGGAGCUGUACACAGCCUCCAGUCGGAAAGACGCGAUCGACCGGUCUUUAACCCUUGGGGCUUAUUUCAGUGGUCGGAGUGGGGUGUUUUUGAAUUUGGGCGUGGUACGGAGCGGAGGCAAUUGGUACAGGUACACGACCGGCGAACCUGUGGAAUUCAUGCCUCCUGGCGACGGGCCGGCGGAUUUUUCCAACCUUGCCAUCCAAACCUGCCUCGCCCUCAGCAUGGACAGUGAGGAAUUGGUCGAGGUCGACUGCUACGGCGAAUACUACUAUUUAUGCAGGCCGGCGAAGAAGGCCAGGACGCCGAAGAUGUUCUGCUGAAAGGAGGUGAGAAGAAACCGGAAAUCAGUCGACUUUUUUCUCAAUAAAACACA